UUCAGUAUCGAAGAGGGACAUGAAUUACCGCGGAUCCGAGACUAAUGAUGUUUCCGCUAAUUUGAUUUUUAAGGGAUUUUUUUUGUAUAUAUAGGUGUAUGUCAUUAAGUGUUCGGGUGGCGGUUUCUGGUUGGUAUUGGGUGGUCCUGAUUCUUCAGAUGGUGUUGGCUAAGAAAGUAAUGUCUGCUUGACUAACGUGUGCAAGGCAACAUGGUUGUGUUUCCCAGUUCCUUGACAGAAGAAGAGGAGGCACUGCAGAAGAAGUAUGCCAAAUUGAAGAAAAAGAAAAAGGCUUUAUUGGCUUUGAAGAAGCAAAGCUCCACCAGCCAGGCAAGCCAGGGAGGGCUCAAGCGCACCCUGUCUGACCAGCCUGUGCUGGACACCGCAACGGCCACAGAACAAGCCAAGAUGCUAAUCAAGUCUGGGGCCAUAAGUGCCAUCAAGUCAGAGAAUAAGAACUCUGGCUUUAAACGCUCACGUACGCUCGAGGGAAAGCUGAAGGAUCCAGAGAAAGGCCCUACCCCAGCCUUCCUUCCUUUUCAAAGGAGUGUCUCCACAGAUGAGGAGCUACCAGAGUCUGGAAAAAGAAGUCACAGAAAAUCCCUCUAUGAGAGCUUUGUCAGCUCAGCCGAUCGUUCUCGUGACGAAGAAGAUGGGGGCGGCUCGUCUUUCUCAAACCGUGAAGCUGAGAGAGACCGUGACCGGGAGAUGGACAGGGAGAAGGACCGCGAUCGUGAACGUGAUCGCGAUCGAGACAGAGAUCGUGACCGGGGCAGGGACCGUGACCGAGACAGAGACCGAAGCAGAGACAGGGACCGAGAGCGGGACCGUGACCGGGACAGAGACAGGGACCGGGAAGCUCCCUUUCGGCGGUCAGACUCGUACCCAGAGCGGAGGGGCGUGAGGAAGGGGAACACAGUCUAUGUGUAUGGUGCCGGCCUGGUGGAGGACAGCCUGCGGACUGCCUUCUCGGAGCACGGCAACAUCAUCGACCUGUCCAUGGACUCCCCUCGCAACUGUGCAUUCAUUACGUUUGAAAAGAUGGAGGCAGCGGACCAGGCUGUGGCCGAGCUGAACGGCACCACCGUGGGCGACACCCCGAUCAAAGUCAGCAUCGCCCGGAAGCAGCCCAUGCUUGAGGCUGCCACGGGAAAGUCACCUUGGGCGUCUCUAGCUGUCCAGAACAGUGCAAAGGGCUCAUACAGGGACAAGAGGAAUCAGGUUGUGUACAGCGAAGACUUUCUCUGAUGUGCCAACGGACGACUCCAAUUCAGAGCUGACCUCACAAUAGUGCUUAUAAAGUAGGUCCAGUGUCGCCGUAUUUCGGACCUGUAGCUGCUUGUCUUACUUCUAGUAAAAUUUUUGUUCAGUUCCAUGAAGCCACAUUCUCUGUAUCAGGUGGAUCUUUUAAAUAUUUUGUCUGUACUUUCUUUUUUUUAUGUGCGACCAUGGAUUGGUUUUGCAAAAGAAUAAUAAAAAUUAUGUUUAUGAAGGAA